CUAGCGUGAUCAUGGAAGCUUGGUAGCAACCAUAGACAUCUGUCUAGUAUCAACAACCUUCUGCUGAAAGAAAGUGCUGAUAUGGGUGUUGGUCUUAACUAAGGCAGGCUGUCUCAGAAAUUCCCAUGACAAAAUGUAAAGCAGGUUUAUUUUUGUGAUUCUGACUCCACAACAUGAAUGACAUUAUGGAAGAACAAGAAAGGGACACUCUUCUGGCCGUCCCCGAGUCUCAAGUUAUGCCUGACACAGGCAACAGUAGACCCAAAGCUCCAGAGGUGGGGAUCCGGCCGGUAGAGAAGAGAGGCCCCUACAUCAUGUCCAAAGCCCCUGCCAUCCACAUGAAACUGCAGAAGCACAGAGAGCUGGCACGUAAAGCCCUAAAGAAGAAAGGCUUCCCCUCUUCAGGACCGAUCCUGCAGCAGCCCAGACAUGGAGGCAAAAAAAGUGUCAAGUUCAACAAAGGCUACGCUGCCCUGAGCCAGAGUGCAGACGAGACCCUGGUGUCUUUGGACUCCGACAGUGAUGUGGAGUUGGAGUCCUCUGGAUAUUCUUCUGCCGAGGUACACCCCGACCUGAAUCGGCAGCUUCUGAAGGACGGCUACCACCUGGACGAGAUGCCAGACGACGAGGACCUGGACCUCAUCCCGCCCAAGCCCAUGGGCUCCUCCGUGUGCUGCUGUGCGGACGCCCCUUCCUGCUCCAUGCAGUGACCGUACCUCAGGCCCACCCUGUUCACCUUUGACCUCUGUGGCGCAGUUCGCUACGACACCACCACAGACCUUAGGGCCACCCGUGGUGCAGGGGGGCCGCAUUCGACCAGCUGUCAACAGCACGAGCCCCCUUUCUCCAGCACCAUAGGUGGCAUGGCUCUCCUCCUGCCGUCUGUUCACUCAGUGUCUCUCUUAUUAAGGUCACUGAGUCACUGCACUGCAGUGGACAGGAGCAUUGAUGUUAAUGUGACACAGGGCACCCAAAACAUGAGGGGGUGGGAGCUUUUUUUUACCUUAUGUUUUUUUAAGUAUUACUAUUCUUUUAAGAUGCAGUGAAAACCAAGCCGUGUGUGUGUGUGUGUGUGUGUGUGUGUGUGUGUGUGUGU